GUAGUUUCGGUAAUUAAAAUCCUGUACAUCACAUUUUGUUGGUCGUUCGGUUGUUUAUAAUAAACUUGAACAAGUACCUAUCAGCAUCGAAAAAUUCAUUGCGAUCGCGUACGACGAUGGAAGCUAUAACACAAACGUGAACCCAACUGCCAUGGUAAAUAAGUCUUUCUACACAAAUGGUGAUGAAAGCGACUCUGCGAUGGCGAUUAAAUCCUCCUCAAAAUCUUUUCCGGUAGCUGCCAAACGAUACCAUUUAACAGCAUGGUUCAUUUUCAUGGUAGUUGUGACAUUUAUCCUAAUCAUUUACACCGAACCAGAAUUAUCAGAUGCUGAACAUCAUCUUAUCACCAGAAUGGGCGAAUUGCACGUGAAAGAGAAAUACUUAGAUUACCAGUACCAUUCUUUAGAAGAACAAACCACCAACAUGUUAAGUAAACUGAACUACAUACUGACAACGAAUCCUAACAUUACUACUGCUCAGAUUCAAAAUAUGCUGAAAAAUAUUACCGACGAAUAUUCGCAAUCCAAGUUCUCUCUCAAGCCUCCUUCUAUAUUCGACUUCUUACCUCAUUUGUCCAUUAAUUUCUCGAGCUUGCAACCCUUCUAUAGAAUAUCAAAAGGUCGACAAGGAGUUACCACUGUACUUGGCAUACCUACUGUUCGAAGAUCUGCUCAAUCUUAUUUAUUAUCCACGUUGAAUGAUUUGAUUUACAAAAUGUCUGUUAACGAAAGAAACGAUACGCUGAUUGUUGUCUUAAUUGCCGAGACCGAUGAAACCUAUGUUACUCAAGUUGCAAAUGAGAUUUUGAGCCAGUUCAAAGAAGAAAUCGAAUCCGGCUUAAUCGAUAUAAUCUCACCACCUUCAUCCUUUUAUCCAGAUUUUGAUAAGUUACCUACAACUCUUUCCGAUCCUAUGGAAAGGGUUCGCUGGCGAAGUAAACAAAGUUUAGAUUUCGCUUUCCUCAUGAUGUACGCUUACCGAAAAGGAAUGUUCUACGUUCAACUCGAAGACGAUAUAUUAGCUAAGAAAAAUUAUCUAUCAAUUAUGAAGGAAGUAGCGUUCUCCAAAAUUGCUACCAAACAGCCGUGGUUCGUGCUGGAUUUCUGCCAAUUAGGCUUUAUCGGUAAAAUGUUCCGAUGCGUCGACUUACCUUGGGUGAUACAAUUUUUUCUAAUGUUUUUCAACGAUAAGCCAGUUGAUUGGUUGUUAGAUGGGCUUAUACAGACGAAAGUUUGCAGUUUAGAAAAAGAUAACAAAGACUGUAAACGACAAAAAGAACGUUUAUGGGUUCAUAAUAAACCGUCAUUGUUUCAACACAUUGGCACUACUUCGUCAUUGAAAGGAAAAGUACAAAAACUAAAGGAUAAACAUUUUGGCAAAGUUGCCCUGUUUUAUCCACAUUUGAAUCCGUCUGCCAGAGUGCUCUCUUCGAUAUCUGUUUACAAAAGACAUACGUUGAAACGAGCUUACGACGGUGAAACUUUCUUCUGGGGGCUGAUGCCUCGAGCCAAUGACUGGAUAUCGUUCGAAUUUCAUCAACCAGUUUAUAUUAAACGAUUUAAAUUUAAAAGUGGUAACGCCGAGUCACCGUCUGAUAAAUUGUACAAUACGUCGGUGUUGGCUUGGUUCGACUCGGCUACCACUUCAUCUCCGUUACCUUUUUUGAAGUCCAAAUAUCAUUACCAGAAAAAUGAUUCUUAUGUUGUAGUUGGUUCUUUCGAUAGUUUAGGAGUAGCUGUAGGAAACUUAGGCAAGAGACUAGGAGCGGUGAAGGAGUUGCGACUUGUGAUACAUAACGAUAGUCAAAACUGGGUCAUCUUGAGUGAGAUAAUGAUAGAAAUAGAUACAAGCAAGCGGUGAUAACAAGCUUUUUUCAAAACUUAACUAUGUACUUAAUAACUACUUAAUAUACGUAAUCUAUAUACUUAACAUUUAAUUAUCAUUCUAGUCAUUAUUCAUUCUAGUGAUAAGUAAAAUUAUGUGAGUGUUCACCAUUUUCAAUUUAAGUACGUACUUAGAGUGUUUUGUUUUCAAACUCAAUGUUUAUAGUUUUUUUUUUAUUUGUAAUGCUAUUUGUAUUUUUGUUUUUAAUCUGCCAUCGGGUUUUGUUUUAAAUUAUAAGAUGUUGUUUUACAAACUGUUCUGUAUUUUGAACUGUCAAUAUUUGAAAAUUUUUCACUUUUA